AUGGGUGUACCAUCAUUUUACAGAUGGUUGGUGAACAAGUAUCCGGAGAUCGUUGUGAGAGCUGUAGAAGAUGAAAGGGAGUCAAGCUCAGCAAACCCAAAUGGCAUAGAGUUUGAUAACCUCUAUCUUGAUAUGAAUGGGAUCAUCCACCCUUGUUUUCAUCCCGAGGAUCAAAUUUUCCCUCCAACAACAUUUGAAGAAGUGUUCAACAACAUGUAUGAAUACAUCGAUAGGAUUUUCAGCAUCGUAAGACCACGCAAGCUAUUAUAUAUGGCCAUUGAUGGGGUUGCACCACGCGCUAAAAUGAAUCAACAACGACGCAGACGUUUUCAAACGGCAAAAGACAAUGAAAUUGCCGAAGCUGAGGAGCAGAGGCUGAGAAGGCAAUAUGAAAUGGAAGGUAAACCACUUGUUCCAAAGCAGGAAUCUCAAGUUUCAGACCCCAACAUCAUCACCCCAGGAACUGUAUUUAUGCAUGAGGUGUCAAAGGCACUUCAACAAUACAUUUGUUCACGAAUGAAGCAUGAAGCUGGCUGGAAAGAUUUAAAGGUAAUUCUCUCUGAUUCUAACGUCCCGGGGGAAGGGGAGCAUAAGAUAAUGUCAUUUAUACGCUUACAGCGCAGUCUUCCUGAUUAUAAUCCAAAUACCCUUCACUGCCUAUAUGGUCUGGACGCUGAUCUGAUAAUGUUAGCUUUGGCAACACAUGAAGUUCAUUUUUCAAUAUUGAGAGAGGAUGUGCUCACAUUGGAGCAGAGAGGUAGCUGUGAAUCGGCAGUAGAAACCAAAACCAGCCCUCCAAAAGCCAAUUCAAGUUUGUUUCUCCAUGUCUGGAUCCUGAGAGAAUAUUUGGAGUUGGACAUGAAGAUCUCUGAUCCUCCAGAGAAAUUGAAGGAGAUCAAUUUCGAGCGCAUAGUUGAUGAUUUUAUCUUCCUAUGCUUUUUUUUAGGAAAUGAUUUUCUUCCCCACAUGCCUACCUUGGAAAUUCAUGAGGGAGCUAUUGAUUUAUUGAUGACCGUGUACAAGAAAGAGUUCAAGAAUAUAGGAGGCUACAUGGUUGAUAUGGAACGGAUUGAAGAAAAGAAAGGAAGUUUUGUCAAACUAAAACGGGUUGAGAAGUUCAUCCUUCUUGUUGGUACCAAUGAGGAAAAGAUAUUUAAGAAAAGAAUGGCACUACGAGACAGCAAACUCAGAUGGCUUCUAUGUGAAAAUUCAGACAUUUUUACGAAUAAUGAAGAAGACCAGAGUUGCAAUUUGGAGAUUGGUUCAACAAACAGGGGUUGUACAUCUCCCAGUGGAAAAGCAAGAUCAUCUUCUUCAGUAGAAAAUCUUGGAACUUCCAGUGGGACAGAAUAUUUAAUUACUGAUAAGUCUGAACUAGCAACAUUCUAUACCAAAGAAAUGAAGAAGAGGUUGAAAGAAAACAUUCGAGCAAAAUCAGAUCUGUGGAGAAGUGGUUCACUUGGAAUCGACAGAGUUAGAUUGGGUCAUCCGGGGUGGAAGGAAAGGUACUACAAGGAGAAAUGUUCUUGUGACACCUCUCAGGGGAUUGAAAGCACAAGGAAGGAACUAGUUCAGAAGUACACUGAAGGACUAUUAUGGGUUCUCCAAUAUUAUUUCUCAGGAGUUCCAUCUUGGACCUGGUUCUAUCCAUACCAUUAUGGUCCAUUUGCAUCUGAUUUUAAGGGUCUUUCUCGAGUUAAAGCCAAGUUUGAAAAAGGUUCACCAUUUAAACCGUUUGAUCAACUCAUGGGUGUUCUUCCUCCUAGCAGUGCCCAUGCUCUUCCCAAAGCCUAUCAGCCACUCAUGAUCGAUGAGGACUCCAACAUCAUUGAUUUUUAUAAUACUAAUUUUGAAGUUGACACAGAUGGAAAGCGAUUUAUAUGGCAGGGUAUCUGCAAGCUUCCUUUUAUAGAUGAAGCACGACUUCUAGCCGAGACUAGGAAGCUAGAGAAGGAACUUGAGGAACAAGAGGCAGUUAGGAAUGCAAGAAGUUUUGACCAGCUGUUCUUGAGAUUCUCAGACAAGUUACGCUCAUUUUAUACCGAACAGGUUUCCUGCAGGAAACCAAACAAAACAGCCAAGAUUGAUAGUAAUUUCAGUUUGGGAAUAAACUGCUUUGAUAAUAAUGGCUUGAAUAUGAUGAACUCCACUUGCCUUGAUAAGAAUUUGGAAAACAUUCAAGAAGAUGAUGUCAUAAGCAUGCUUUAUGAAGUGCCCAAUGGCUGUCUACAUAUUCCUCGUCCACUUGAGGGGACAAUAUUCCCCUUUAAGACAAUAACCGAAGCUGACAUAGAGGAGACACAACUUUGGCAUGAAUACAAGGGUAGCAAACCCCCUGUCAAAUUUCGAGGACAUGAAGGGUUUGGACCAGCAAUUAACAGGCUGAAAUCUAAAGCAUGUGGUUCAUCUACCAUAUCUGCAGCUAGUGGAUUAAGUGUUGCAAGGGCAGGUUGGAGUAAUAGAAGGGAAGAUCACAAUCCUCUUAUCCUGAGAUGCAGUGGGAAUUUCAGGCUCCAGUCCCUUACUGCUUGGCUUCAUGCCCUUUACUGCUUGGCUCCAUCCCCUGUACUGUUUGGCCCCAUGCAGCAACUUGGAAUGGAACAAGCAUGCUACUCUGUGUGUAAGCGUCCACUUAGAAUUGCACAUGCACCAUCUUCAUUUCUGUCUUAUCAGUUCCUUAAUCAAUAA